AUGGUGCGAAUUACCAAUAUACCGUCCUCAAGCCUCAUUGUGAGUGCUUGGUGUUUACUGGCGGUCAUUUCCGCUCUAGUGAGUGUAAGAGUUGAGAUUUUUCAGAUACCCAUCAUGGUGGCUCUGAAUAGUUUUUGUUUAUUUGUAUUUUCGUGGGUGAUGGAGAAGAGAGCAAUGAAAGAGGCCCAUCCCGAGAGUUUUAAAAUGGAAGCCGACGAAAAAUUAGAAGUAGGACAAGGCUCUCUCAAUGUCCUCCAUGACAAACAUUUUGCAUCGGCAUCAAAUAACGCUGGGCCCUCAUUUGCCACCACCUUGAUCCUUGCUCAUAUGGUGCAUCAGUACACGAAUUUUGCAAUUGGUUUUUGGAUUGGCAAUGCCCAUGCUAUCCAGGUCAUCAGAAGCUUGGAACCAUCUCUCACCUAUUUGUUAUUCUCAACAAAAUAUGUCCAAAUGGACGCUACGGUUCACACGCUAACGACAGUGGUAAUCACUGCCAUGCAGUUAUGGACGACUCCCACUUCCAACAUUGGAAAAAUGAUAGCAGUCAUCCUGAAUUCAAUGUUGUUAAGCUAUAGAAACAAAUUAUUGAGACGAAUGUAUUCUGUUCCAAAUUCUUCGCAUGAACUUACAUUGAUUUUCAGAAAAGUGUCUAUAUUUACUGCGGUCAUCAUGUUUUCUUUUUAUAUUACAGUGUAUGCCAAAGCGGUUCACUUGGACUGGCAGUGGAAGUGGAUGGUUUUUGCAUGUGCUGGACACUCAACAUAUUUGGCGUUUAACGUUUUUUUGAUGAAAAACUGGGAUACAGUUCUAUAUUCAUCUGCCUCAAUUUUGAAGAGAGCCUUUGUAACCAUUUUUUUGAUGUGCUGGUCUUGGUAUUUCUCUCACUUGAUUCCUUAUCAAUUAAGUGAACAUUUCACUUCUCUGUUAGUUGGACUGUUGGGUGUUUCUGCAGGAAGUUAUGUUUGUUUGAACCAUUGUUUCCCAACAAUGAGAGAAGUAUUUGUGAAAUUAUCGUUUUAUUUAAUGGCGGUCAUAAUCUACAUGUUUCUCUUGUCACAAAUUGUUGGAAAUCAUCUGUCAAGUCAGCUCAUCUCUACUAAUGCUUUUAAAGCAUUGAAACCUAUUCGAGUGGCCAUUUACACGGCCGCAGGCAACGGAAAUCUUGGGGAUAAUUUACAAAUUCAUGCGUGGCUGGGACAUUUUAAAUCAUGGAAUGAAAGAAAUUUCAAUGGAAAAAGGGAAGUUGAUAUUUAUUCCUUAUCUGCCGAGUUCUGCUGUUAUCCCUUCGACGACAGACGAAAAUUUGUUGUUGACACUGUGGAAGCUUUGCACAAGUUUCUUGCAGAUCACAAGCCUCAUUAUAUGAUGGUGGGAGGAGGUGGAAUUUUUAAUCAUCCUCAUUACCCAUGGGCCAUCCAUAGAACCUGGAAUGACACGCUUGCUUUUUUCCCAGACACGGCAUGGGUCUUUGCUUCGGUUGGCGCUAGUGAAGGAGAGUACAGUGUCCAAAUUGUAUCGAACACUGUUGGACUUUUAAAUCAUUCUCUGGUGGUUGCUGCGAGGGACCUCUCUUCACAGCAAGUGUUGCGAGAAAGUACAAGUAGCAAUGUGAUUCUACUUCGUGAUCCUGUUUUGCUCGACUCAAUGAGUUUUCCUUUUCCACCUGAGAAGAACAUAACGAAUAAGAAGGAUGGUAUAACUUGUUGGAUCUUGAGACAACCAAUUCCAGAGAGUUUAGCAAAAAUCAUGGACCAAUACAUGGUCUUGGAGAGGGACUUAUUUUUCGCCAUGGAACAGCAAGAUGGAAAUUUUUAUGGAAGAUUUAAAAAAGAGGUUUCAGUGUAUUCCACAGAAAGUGAAUGGUUCUGGUCAAACAUACAAAAUUGUGAUUACAUUGUUUCAAUGAGGUAUCAUGGUGCAAUUCUUGGAUUAAGGGCUAGGGUUCCCACCUUUUCUAUUGAGUUUGAAGAUGCUACCAGAAGCUCUCACAAAAUUGGAUACCUUUAUGAAGACUUGUUUGGACAUUCAGAUUGUGUACUAAAGCAUGUUGAUGCAAAAGAAUUUCAUGAAAAGUUCAACAAGUGCAAACACCAGAACAUCGAGACGUUUAUUGCAAGAGCGAAAGAAUUGGAGCGUGAAUUCGCUUCAUUCAUGGAUUCUACAUUUAAAUAA